AUGGAGACAGUGAAUUUCUUGAUUCAUGUCUUGGGUGUGGACAGCCAACAGAAUUUGGCUCGCGACCCUCUUCUUCAAGACCUGGUUCGUGGUGCUCAGUUUUCCGAGCGCGAGCGAAAGCAAUCGAGAGUUUUAUCUGUGAAAGAGAUCGCAACCCUUGAAGAAGUCCUUGCAGGGCACUCACUUAACAAGAUUGACCGCUUUGCUGUGGGAGUUUUUUUGUUCCAAGUUUACAGUUGGGCAAGAGUUUCAGACAUUCGAAGCAUCACCAAGUUCGAAAUCGACAUGAUCGGCAGCCAGGGUUAUCUUGAAGCAAGAACAACUGACCAUAAGAAUCGUCGCAAGGACGCGGGCCUGGAUAUGAGCCUGUGCCUAGUCGCUCCUGCAAAUGGUCUGGAAAAGAAACCCUGGGCUUUGUCAUUCUUGGAAGCUGCACCUGACAUCAAGGACUUCUUCUCCCGCGGCUCUCCUUCAGCCACGAGUGGACGAAUUCUAGCUUGGCUCAACAGAGUUCUUGAGCCACCUCUCCUAGAAGAAGCUCUGCCAUCUUUUAGCUUUCAGGCGAGCUCAGGUGUCCCUGGAGGACAUCAGGGUUCGACCGAUGAGUCAGGAGCGGAUUGGGGGCGAGAUCAAGAAGAGGUUGAGUGCUCAGAGAUGGCUGCGGACUCGUGCCUUGCAAGCGGUCUUGGGUCCUGGAGUGAAUGUGACCCACCUUUGAGUGAUGAAGGUUUUAGACAUGAGUUGGGUUCAGCACAGGGCCAGCCGUCCGAAGCAUUGAAUGACCCGGAGGACUCCAGCGAGUCGGACAGCUCAGGUGAGGAUACAGCCGACGACGAGGAUCGCAAGUACGAGGUCCUUUCAUCUGCACCCGAGAUCGAGAAGUUGGCCCCUCAGGUUGAGUUUGGAGUGGAUUUGGAUGUGUACCAGAACCCGAGGACCCUGUCACUUCAUGGCCGCGCUAAGGGAUCAUCAGGUCCAUUGAUUUGUGGUCGGAGUGUGAGUGGCAUGAAGCUUUUUGUUGGUAGAGUGCAUAGCAAGACCUGGCGAUGCAAGCAGUGCAUGGCUGGACGCCCGAUUAGAGAUUCGGGAGCGGCAGCCAAUUUCAUAAACUCAAGACUGGGCAGUCGCCAGCGGUGA